AUGUGUUUCUAUUAUGCUGCCCCAGAAUUGAGAAUUUUAGAAGAUUUAACAAAGCAAACGAGAAGGAACGGUAUUUCUACUGGUAAUAAGGUGAAAUUAGAUCUUGUUACUGCAGCUGACUGGGCUAAUAGUAGCCCAGUCGUCGGUACUAGCAACGGCGGCUGUGAUGACAUACCACUGUUACUACAAGAUGAAUUUCUAAUCAUUGAAUUUACUGAGAAUAUAAGAUGUGAGAGAAAACGAAAGUACUUGUUUAAGCCUGCGCUUCCCCCAACUGGAUUCAUUAAUUCCAUGGUUCGUCUAGAUGAAAGGAUGAGUUUCAAACAACAAUAA